AUGCCUGACUCGUGUAUAGCUUGGGGCUGUACAAACCAUAGCACAAUCCAAAACACAUCUAGGGGAAUUACCUUUCACAGGUUUUCCGAAGAGAAACAGUUGAGGAGGCAGUGGGAAGUAGUUGUAAGAAGGGAAAGUUUCUCCGCCAGCAAGUCCUCUGUGCUCUGCAGUGAGCACUUCAGGCCGGGGUCUUUGACAGGUCAGAUUGUCAGGAUUAGAGAUAGAGCUAAACCAUCUGUCUACGGUUUCCCCUCUCAUCUCCAAAGAGUAGGUGUAUCACAAGGCUAUAAGGAUUUGAUAGCUAAUCAAUGUUACACUUGUUUUUGUUGUUUUUUCUGAAUGUUUAGGAAUCAGUGAUGCAUUGUGUAAUACACUGGAGAAACUUAAACCCGUUCAAGUUGUUUUCAAGUAUUUUUUUUCUUCCACUCUAGCCAGUGGCACCCAGGAAACCAAGGACGGUCUCAAGGAAGGCUGAAGAGAGCCUGUAAGAGAACUGUUCUCUAUUUUUAUUGUA